AUGAUCAAAGAUGUCUUGUUCCCUAGCGCCGCUGUUUCUACCGCAUACUUGGCCCACUCAACUCGUCUCCUCUCCAACAUCGCCAAUAUCCUUGGCAAACAGGAAGACGCAGAACAUUAUCUUGCACUUUCGAGAAGAACAUCUGAAGCGUGGCGCACUGCUUUCGUCCGACAACGCGGUGCCCGCAUCGCAGAAGACUACCAAGACGAUUACGUCCGCGCCCUCGCCUUCAACCUCAUCGAGCCAGAACAAAAACCAGCAGCGUUAGAACGCCUUGUAGAACUCAUAGCUCAAGCUGGCUACCAUCUGAAAACUGGCUUCAUGAGCACUGGUCUGCUGCUCCCUGUACUUGCUGAAUACGGCAGGGCAGACAUCGCAUACCGUCUCCUGAUGCAAGACACAAUGCCAUCGUGGCUGUAUCUUGUCCAAAAGGACGCAACGACUCUCUGGGAGACCUGGGAAGGAUAUGACGGCAAAGGCAAAGCGAAGAUGUCGCAUAAUCACUAUGCGUUUGGCACUGUGGCACAAUGGUUGCAGGAGAGCGUGGCGGGUUUGAAGGCAGUCGAGCCAGGGUACAGGAAGAUCAGGAUAGAGCCUUUAGUUGGAGGCGGAUUAACGCACGCUGAGGCUUCUUUGGAAACGCCAUUGGGCUUCGCAAAGAGUGCCUGGAGUUUGGAUAAAGAGGUAGGAAUAGUGAGGCUUGAGGUUGUGAUUCCGCCAUGUGCUACAGCUGAAGUGGUGUUGCCAGGCCGCAAGGUUGAAACUUUAGGAUCUGGCAACUAUUCAUUUGAAUAUAGGAUAGGUUUAUAA